AUGGAGUCGUCUAUACCAGUAGUGGAUUUCAGCCAAAUGAACGUGGAGAAAGUAACAGAAGACUAUACCUGCCAACUUUUUCUGAGAUGUAGGCGUGAGAUUUUUAUCCUGGGAGUGCUGGGAUUUUUGAAAACGACACGAUCAUUUCCGAAGAAGUCCGAAGUCUUCCGAAGACAUCCGAAGUCUGCCGAAGGCGAAUUUAUCGAGAAAACGCUUAUCCACAAAAUCAGAGAUCGCGAGGAAGGUAUUGUCAUUUAUUCAUUUUACACAUAUUUUUGGAAAUUGUGUCAAGCAAGACGGCAACAACUCACAUUUUUCAAUCAGGCGUGAGAAAUUGGUCCGCAGGCGUGAGCAGGCGUGAGAUCGAAGUUUUCAACCCGCAGGCGUGAGACUCACGCCUAAGGCGUGAGAGUUGGCAGGUAUAGAAGACUACUCUCCAGAAAGCAUACAACAGUUGGCAGAUGAAAUACACCGGGCGUUCAGCACAAUGGGGUUUGUUUACCUGAAAAAUCAUGGCAUCCCACAAGAAAAGGUUAGAUCUAGAGAAGUUACAGAAAAAUCAUUAUAGUUCCCCUAGCUACAAGUACCUGACCUAUUUCAUUCAUCGAUCUCUCCCCGGCUGGAUGUUCACCACCGGUGACAAGACUGCAACAGGUUACCAUCUUGAUUUUACAGGGAGUGAGAAAUCUAGGGACAAGAUUGGGUACCACUGCCUGUUGUGUUCUGAUCCCCAUCGCAAGGUGAUAACAUUAUUUUGAAACUCAACAAGUAAAACCUGUAUUAAGCGGACACCCUCCGGGACUGCAGUAGUGUCCGCUUAAUGCAGGGUGUCUGCCUAAUACAGGUUUCGAUAGAUAUAACGUCAUAUGAGGUGUCAAUAACAUGCCAUUCAAAUGAACAGUGGAAACAUCUAGAAUACUCCCAGAGACUAUGACAAUAUACGUUUGCAUUAAUUUCUUUAUCAAAGUGGACCAAUUGAUCAUAGUACCAUAAACAUAGAUUGCAACUCAAAUUUGAAGAAAUCAGAUGAGUGAAACAAGCUCUAUACAAACAAAACGAAAUAGAAAACAAUACCGUACUGUGAAACUAAUAAAAUAAGUUGGUCAAGUCACGUUUUUUAAUGUAAAAAUUGAAAAUGUGGGUGGCAAUUCGAAGCAAUCGUUCACAUUUCCGGUGUCUGGCAUCACAGGAAAAAAUAACGAAUCCCCAUUUUUGGAUAUUUUAGGGUAUUUAAAGAAUACCCAUAAAAAUCCCAAAUUUGGCAAAGUGAGACAAGUCCCAACCCAGGAAUUCCCAACCAAGUUUCCUGAUUGGGACUUGUCUUACUCUUCCAACUUUGGGAUUUUUGUGGGUAUUCUUUAAAUACCCUAAAAUAUCCAAAAAUGGGAAUCAGUUAAUUUUUUCCUGUGCAUGUUGGGUGGUGGAAUUUAAUUACAAGUGUCCCCUUAAUUAUACAGGUUAGCAACCCAGGGGCGGGUGGGACUCUGCAUAUGAAAGGGGUGGGGAUGCUCGUCUCGAUUAGGGGUGUAAAUUUCGCAUUUUGGUCUCACUUAGAGUGUUCUGGGCAAAACCCCACCAUAUUUAGCCGUGAAGGUCUCGUUUAGGGUGUUGCACGUGAAAAAGUAUAAAAAUAUGCGUAUUGACUGACUCUUUUAGGGGUCAAAAAAAGCUGGGCCAUGCCCAGAUCGGUCUCUUUUAGGGGUUUAAAACAAAAUUUCUGACGAGCAUCCUCACCCCUUCGAUAUGUGGAGCCCCUCCUUCCCCGGGUUGGCAACAAUAGAAAUGACCAUUUCAGGUACUUUUUAGGUGCCGGCGUACGCCUAAUAGAGGUGUCCCCUUGAUAAAGGUUUCAUUUAAAGAAAAUUAGGGACAUGAAUUUGGGGACUUUGGCUACUGUCUGCUUAAUAGAGGGUGUCUGCUUAAUACGGUGUCCGCUUAAGACAGGUUUCAAUAUAGGGGGAUUGUUAAAACUGUCUACCCCCUCCACCCAUUGAACAGAUAAGAUUUUCUGAGGGGCUGGACAGGGCUAGGGCCUGGGGUCUUUAUCGCUGAGCGGUUAAAUGUAGCUGACACGUACACUUGCACUCUUUGCAAACUCACUGAAAACCUUUGCUUAUAAGAACUCUUAAGUACAGUCAACUUUUUCUUAAAAGAUACGGUGAACACCUAGCCCUAAAAUGAACACUAGAUUUGGUCCCUGCCAUUCAGCAUGGAGAUCUAAGAAGGAGAUCCCUAUACUAACAAUACUAUAUAAGGAAGUGCAUGCAGUAAGGACUUGACAGGGGUUACAUAGGAUAUAUCAUGAAAUAAAAAUUAGAAAGACUCUCUCAUUAUAUUUUGAAGAUUGAUGGUAUUUUCAAGUUAAGUGAUGACUUUUUUCAACUGGAUGAUGAAGCCAAGCAGGCAUAUGCUCGUCCUGCCAGUGGUAGUGACCAUGGAUGGGUUGCCUUUGAAAGAGAAAAGUAUUGAUAUUAUUGUUACUGUGUGACAAUUUGACAUUUUUGUGGCAGUUCUCAGUUCAAUGAGGGGUAUAGAAUAACAUGGUACCCGAAAAACAUGGGUUUUGGAAAAUUUUGGCCCAAUCUCGAAAUCUUGACAUUUAAAAUAAGCAUCUCGGAAUCUAGGGCUGGCUAAAAAUUGACUCGUCUCGGGGUCUCAAAUUUAGCUGGCAAAUUUAGUUUAAACACCAUGAAACACAGACACCAAUAUAUAUACCGUUAACAGCAGUAAAUAACUAACAAAAUUAUGGCACAUAAUGAAUGGGAGCCUUAUUCAUUGCCACUCCACUUAUUCUUAACCAUGAGCUUGAUACAGGCAAUGGCUAAGAACUUCAUUGGUACCAUUUCCUCGAAAUGUUCAGCACUUAGAAUCUUGGGCUGGGAUUUUUUAAGAAUUAAGUCUCGGUCUCGGAUUAGAUAAAAAGCCUUAAGUCUUGGUCUUGAAUUUUUAAACCAGAGUUUCGUGGUCUCGCAAAGUCUCGAAUUUACCAUUCUAUACCCCUCCAAUUAUUUCUUUUAUUAUAAUCUCUCUCCAAAGUAAAAAAUCUAAGAUUUACUACUUUUUUACUGUUCAGUUAUGUGUGAUGCCAAAGUGAUGUGAUUUGAUUAUAACUUGUAAAACCUCAGAGAAAUAAAGCUGCAAAAACCACCAGAAAGGUGUAUUUAUGUACUUUCCAAUCUCAUUAAUAAUUAUUAUAAUGGCUGUAUUAAUUUUUUCUUCAAUGGCUUCAAAAUCUAUAAUUAAAGAACAUAAAUAUUAUAUUCCACAUAGAAUAAAAUUAUGCCAAGGUCAAACAGAAAAAGACUGUUUGAUUGAGUGAUUGAUUGAUUGAUUUUUGGCAGAGUAAGUGCUGAUAGGCCAGCAGAUUACAAGGAAGCCUUCAACAUUACAGAACCACAUAAUGAACAGCAAGUGAGUUGAUAUUUUCAACAUUUGAAUGACUUGCUUAGUUUAGAGUUCUAUCUUUUUGUAAGAAUUUAAAUCAUUGGUAAGCAUUAAUUUUCAUGCCCUGCUACUCAACUGUUUCUUUUUAAUGCAUAUAAUUAUCAUUUUUGUUUAAGGAAAGAUAAUAAAGGAUGUAUUUAUGUAUGUAUAUAAUGAGUAGGUUGUGGCCCUGUUAUCUUUAACACUCUGAUAUAUGCUGCAUCAAUUUUUGACAGAGGAGGUCAGUGAAGGACCAACCCAGGUGGUGGGUGUGGCGGGUUGGGGGUACAGGGACAGCACUCAUUUAGACCUUAUAUAGUGAUGGGUCUAGGUCUUGAAAAACCUUUUUUUACUUCAUGGUUCUCAAGGGAGCUUUGCAAAAGAAUGUUUCUCUACUGAAAUAAAUCCUUUAAUCCUUUUUUCAUGCAACGAAAAUGGCACUGGCUUAUAUCUUUUCUCCUGCAUGGGAAAAGUCCUUAUUUAGCUGUUAUCAAUAAUUUUUUUGAUCUGUAGCAUUUUUGUGUUUUUUUUUAUCACGGGGCUCUUUUUAAUCCCUAAAAAGCACCCGAUAUAAUUUUCUUAUGAUACUUUAUUUUUGUCAAGGUUUGGCCAGAUGAUAAGGUACCGAGUUUUCAGAGUAAGAUAGCAUCAUUUUUUAAAAUUUGUGGUGACUUGUCCUUACGAAUUCUCCAUGUCAUGGCCCUUGGACUGCAGCUCAAGGUAAAUCGCUUCUUAUGUCCCCUAGCAUUUUUAUGUGAAUAGCAUUUUCAAGGUUCGCAUAUUCAGUUGAACCUCUUCACAACAGCCACCUAAUGGGGAAAAAGAACGUGGCCAUUGUAGAGAGGUUUGAACCAGAGUCAAUGUAUGGACUGUCUGCCAAAAAAGGGUGACCAUUGUAGAGGGGUGGCCAUUGGUGCAGGUUCAACUGUAUGAACAUUUUCUGGUGAAUUAGUGCUCAAAGAGCAAGGGUGGUGCAUUGGUAAGAGCACUCGCCUCCCAUCACUGUGGCCCUGGUUCAAAUCCUAGUGUCAAUGCCAUUUGUGGGUUGAGUUUUUCCUUUGCUCCUAGAGGUUUUUCUCUGGGUACUCCGGUUUCCCCCUCUCCUCAAAAAUCAACAUUUCCUAAUUCCAAAUUCCAAUUCGACCAGGGGAUGGUAAACAAAGACCCACUACAAGGAUGUGCUACCUCUAAAUCAUUAUUUAACUGCACUUUUUUAGUUGUCAUUUAACUGCUCAUUAAGGUCAGGUGGCCGUUGCAUAUACUACAUAAUUCUUCUUUUUAAUGCAGGAUCCAGAAACAUUCACGAGCACUCACAAAGUUAUGGAGUCAACAAAGAAUUGCACAACAUUACGUUUGUUGAAUUAUCCUGUCAUUUCUAAAGAAGCUGUUGUUAAACCAGGACAGAUUCGAUGUGGAGAGCACACCGACUAUGGCUCCAUCACACUGCUUUUCCAGGAUGAUAUGCCUGGACUAGAGGUAUGGUAGUAACCUUUUCCUCCCCUAAGUCAGUCGUGCAGAAAAAAACUAGUUCAAAUAUAUAGUACACUUUUGUGGUCGAAAUCUGGUGGAGGGUAUAUGUACAAAAAGUGGACAACCCAACCUUGGGAUACUAGAUAGCAUCAAAGCAUUAUCUGUGCUGCCUUUUUUACAUCGCCCGAAACUAAAGAGUGAUUUAUCUGUGAUUUAUCUAGAAUGGAAAGAAAGGAAGAGCCUUUCGGAUACUUGGUUUUUAGUUCAUGUAGAUAGCUGAUGGUAUAGUUACUAGAAGUAUAAUUUGCACUCCUUAACAAGUUGUGUUUCACUCUACAGGUCUUACCUCUUGGAUUUACUGAAUACAUACCUGCCCCGCCCUUUCCUGGAGCAAUAAUCGUCAAUGUUGCAGACCUCAUGCAGAGAUGGACAGCUGAUAGGCUUAAAUCAACAGUAAGCCCGUUACGUGCUCUUUAAAACUUAUCCUGAGUACAAUCGUCAACUUCUACUAAUGCUACCUCUGCAACGGCCACCUUUUUAGCCAUGGUGGACAGUCUUUACAUUCACCAGUGGACGUAGCUAGGAUUUUUCCAGUCGUACGCACAGUGUUUCACAUCAACCGUAUUCCGUCUCCCAAAAAUCAUUAGGGAGCUUAAGUAAAGCGACGGCGACGGCAACGAGAACGGAAAAAAAGCAAUAGGUUUAGAUUAGAAAAACAACAACUUUGCACGUGCAUCACGAUUUUUUUGUACAUUUCUUUGCCGUCAUUGCACGACUACAACGUGCAAGUGCCUAAUUUCACGUUUUGUCGAGGACGGGAACAGAAGACAACAACUUUCUUUUUCUUUUCCUGAACUUUGAUACAGUCCUUUAGAAUUCAACUCCAAAAAACUUUUCCGACAUUUGGCGAAUUAAACGAGAUAGAAUAAGCGUUAUAAAGUUUAUAGCAGUCAGCAUUCAUUUUUUAAGUGACGUUUUCGUAGCCGUCUUAUUUUGGGUCGAUCUAAGUUAAGAUCGUCCGUUGGGACAGGCGUCGAACUUACGACGCGUCGAACCAAUCAACUGAAUCAGACCAAAAAGCAAUUUUAAUAAAUUUUUCCCCGAACGAAGCUAAAUAUACCAGGAGCAUAUGCGUCUGAAUAUACCCUUUAUGACAUUAUCAUAUAUAUCAUACAUUUGUCCCGGAGACGAUCUUCAGACGUUCUGUCCGUCUGAAGCAGGCCAAGCGUCGAACUUUUCAUGAGACGAUCCAAACUUGGUGAGCUAAGUUCGACGUUUGGCCUAGGCGUAAGCUUGCAAAGACUAAAACCCAGGCCUUGUCGGCACGCAUCCGGAUAUUUUCGAAAACGGCGCUUUUUUCUCCGUUUUAGCGGUCCGUCCACAAGUAAACAGGUAAACAGCGUUUAUCGGACACCGAUAAACGCUGGUUUUCAAAAGCUGUCCCCAGAGUGGAGCCCUGGGUGGUACUUGGGUUAAUUUUUGCUGGCUAUGUGCCGCUGGCCUCUCAGAGCCCCUACCCCAUUAUAGUCUAUUCUGUGGCCAAUUAUAGACCCCAUCUUAGUCACUCUUGGGCAAAUAUGUAGUUUUCGCGAUACCAACUUAGUCACUUUCAAUUUUUAUGAAUUGAACAAUUUUUUCGAUUGAAUGAAGAACACUUUACUUUUCAUCUGCAGAACAAACAUUCUUGUCCGUUUGCUAACCGUAAAUAUAAGGAACUGUCUUACUCCAAGAAAUCUGUAAAUGUGCCACCCUAUUCUAGUAACUCUAUCGAAAAUGCGACACCAUUAUAGUCAAUCCAGUCGUGAAAAUACGCACCCAUCUACCGGCACAUCCCGGGGGACGGUCGAAAACGGAGGUUUUCGAAUACGAUGAUGUCAUACAUCAUAUGCAGUAAACACCGACAUAUAAGAACAAAUGGAUUAAAAACAUGCGGCUGAAAUUUGGUCCAUAAAACACCAUAUAUAUAUAAGAACCAGUUAAGCCUGAUAAAUAAUACAUGUUCUUUUAUAAUAAGGGAGAGGGUGUCAGAAUAAGAAAACAACGUAACUAUGGUUGCUGCUAGAAUAUUACAAUCUCUGCUAUUGCUGCUAGACAAAUAUAAUUAUUUUACUUAUUGAUUAACUGAUUUCUUUACUCUCUUAGUUAUUUAUUAAUAAUAAAAUAUGCUAACUAAACCUCUAGUAACAUGUUAUGUGAAGUACUUCUGAAACAAAGUUUAAGAACAUAUUAAGAACAUCUUCAGGCUGAUUUCUCACAAAGCACCCAAUAAAUAAGAACUAGAUCAGCCUGAACCCUGAAAUCAUGUGUUCUUAUAUGCGGGUGUUUACUGUAUUACUACAGAGGCUGCUGUUGGAGCUAGACUACGAGUAGUCCCCCGUUUUUCCUCAGGGAUAGUAGAGCGAGCGAAGCUCGAACGCGCGUGAAAAUCACCCCACGCGAGAAAAGGCGACAUGCGUGUCGCCUUUUCUUGCGCGCUCGCGUUUCGCUCGCUCUACUAUCCCUUAGGAAAAAUGACAUCCUCGGAGACCCAGGGGCAGAUAGUGGGGGCGAGGGAAAGUCUAAACGGGCGGAAAAAUAUGGCACGAAGAAAAGUAAAGAACGGCGAGAAGAGCCCCUGGGGACAAUGUCUUACCAGACAAGUUCCAGACGGUCGCCGCCGUUCUGGCUUCUGAUUGGUGCCAGAAAAACACAAGUUUUCUGCCACCAAUCAGAAGCCAGAACAGCAGCGACCGUUUGGAACUGGUCUGGUAAGACAUUGUCCCCAGGGGCUCUUCUCACCGUCCUUUACUUUUCUUCGUGCCAUAUUUUUCCGCCCGUUUAGACUUUCUCUGGCCCCCACUAUCUGCCCCUGGGUCUCCGAGGAUGGAAAAAUGAGGGACUACUCGUAGUCUAUGUUGGAGCUCCUGACUACUAGCAUUACGCAUGCUCUGUAAGGGAUGCUAUCGUAUUUCUGUCGUUUUAGCGUUUUCAUCUGGACGGGUGAAAACGAUUUAAAUAACCUACGUGCGGACGCGUAAUUUUUGAGAACAAAGAAAAUAAUCUCCGUUUUAAAAAAUAUUCGAAUACGUAUGGACAGGGCCUCACUGGUGACUGUUGUAGCCUUGUAUAUACCUUUUUCACGCUAAAUACAUCGAACGCGUAAGAGUUUUACGUUAUAAAUCCGCCCAUAUUGACAUCACUAAUAACGUUCGCUAUAUUUUCCGUCUCUUUUUCAGCGUCACCGUGUUUCUAUUCCAGAAGAGGAGUGUCAGAGACGAGUUCCUCGACGCUCUCUGGCCUUUUUUGUACAUCCCGACGAUGACACCAUAAUAAAGUGCCUAGAUGGGUCUGAGAAGUACCCCUCAAUAACAGCCUAUGAUUACCAAUGGCAGAGACUAAAUGCAACUUAUGAAUACGAAUAAGAAUAAGAUAGAUGUAUUCCAACUAGUUUAAUUUCAUCGAUACUUUUAAAAGCCAAAUUUUUAGUAUAAAAUAGAUAAAGUCAAUUUUGCCCGCACUUACUACGCAGUAGGAAACACACACACCUAGGCUAAUUUGCAACGAACGGCCAUACUUAACAAUUAUUCGCCGAAGGCGAAGUUAAUAUUAUUCAACAAUAUUCACUGACACGGCUCCGCAAACGAGCUAUGCACGAAAAUAUAUCCUGCAAGACUUUCAGGACUUUGAAGUUGUCAGAUCGUGGAUAAAAAGCGGCUGUAAUGUCGGCAUUUUAAUCUAACGAGAAAGCUUAUGCAAGGUGUUUGCGCAGCAGAGAUUUUCAAAGGGCCGUCAGUAAAAUAGACCCUUUGCCCUUUCUAGCUUAGUUUUAGCUACCGACCUAAUAACACAACUGAAAGAAAAAAAAGCCUGAAACUGAGAGAAACGUUCUUAGAAUUACAUCAGUGCUUGAUUUCUAAUUCAUGCUCGCUGCCGUUCUUAAAGGUGCAUCAUCGUGCGCCAGACUGUUGAGAUUUUUCUUUUCAGGGUUCGUACGGGUCCUGGAAAACCUGGAAAGUCAUGGAAAUUUAAAAUUUCAAAAUCCAGGCCUGGAAAACCUGGAAAAUAUGUGUUGGUCCUUGAAAGUCCUGGAAAAUUAGACUUUUCCUAGGACAGUGAAUAAGUUUCUUUUCAUUUUCGUCGCUCACAUUUUCAAGUUUUUUGUGGGCGACAAAUGGACGUGUACAAUCUUGCAAAAUCGUACCUGUCGUUAAUCCCAAAACCUGACAGUUGAGAGUCUGGGCUCUAGCUACCCCUGCAGUUUUACGGGCUUCCCAUGUUCAAAAAUUUUGUUGUUUGUAUCUGGAUGAGAAUGGCGCCGUUGUUUUGUUCUGUUUUAAAUCUAGCCUGCAAAGCAGGCGUAUUUUGGAGCGCGAUCCAUGAAUUGUUUUCAGGAAUGACGUUGUCCCGCCACCUUGGACGUUAAUACUACCAGCGAGUUGGGACGUGGUGGCCACGAUCAAUGUACCUCCGAGUUUUCGUUAAAAAACGCCUGCUCUGCAGGCUAUUUUAAAUCAAGUCAAAACGAACUCAAAAGUAUUGUUUCCGGCCCCUGUGAUUAAGCUGAAUGAACAAUGCCUGGGAAGUGUACUUUCAAAGAAAACUGGACUUCUCACAAGAUAUACAAAGACUGGAUAUUACAAGACUCAAGCUCUCAACACAAAGCACGUUGUCGCUUGUGCCAAAAAUCAUUGGACUACUCAAACAUGGGGGAAUCCACCCUGAGAAGCAGAGCUGUCAACUCUCCCGGAUAAUCCGGGAGACACCAGAUUUUGGACCGUAUCUCCCAGUCUCCAGGUUAGAGUAUGAAAUCCUCCCCGAUAAUCGCCGAAUUUUGCCAUUUCUUGUAGAGUCGACUUUCCGACAAGAAAAUUUCAAAUAUUUUGCGUUGUUUGAGUUAUUUUUAUCCUGUUAACAUCAAGC